AUCUGAUUCGUGUGAAUAUACCUGUUCCAUCCAUCCAAUUGUAUAAGGUUCGAAUUCAGAAUUUCAGAUUGCCUUGUUCGGUUCGUAUUCGAAUUCGAAUCGGAUAACCGGAUCAUUUUAUAAACCAUUUGUUUGCAGCCCUAGCCCCGUAUUGAUUACAGGCGGUCAGGGGGUCGUUACUCCCAAUUUUACGAUCUACAACCCUCGCAAAUGCAGUGAAGUCUAAGGUUAUCUGUGUCGAAUUGCUGACACUUCCUCGUCGUCACGGUGGAGUAGGUUUUGGUGUUCACUUCUCCACUUUAAUGGCGAAGAAGUACGUACGAGAGAAUGUUCCUCUUUCCAGAUUCGGCGUUUUGGUCGCGCAGUUAGAAUCAAUAGUAGCUUCUGCAUCUCAACAACCUCCAGAUGCUCUGCUCUGCUUCGAUCUACUUUCGGAUCUUAUUUCUUCCAUAGACGAAGAACCUAAGGAAUCCAUCAUCCUGUGGCAAAGGAAAUGCGAGGAUGCUCUGUAUUCAUUGCUCAUUCUUGGGGCUCGUCGGCCAGUAAGACAUUUGGCAUCAUUGGCAAUGUCGAGAAUUAUAUCUGAGGGUGACAGCAUUUCGGUAUACUCUAGAGUAAGCAGCCUCCAAGGCUUUCUCUCGGACGGGAAAAGAAGCGAAGCCCUUCAUGCUGCUGGAGCAGCACAGUGCUUGGGGGAAUUAUACCGACUUUUUGGGAGAAAAAUUACUUCAGGUUUACUUGAAACAACAAAUAUUGCAGCAAAACUGAUGAAAUUUUAUGAGGACUUUGUGAGACAAGAAGCUCUACAAAUGCUCCAGAGUGCAUUGGAAGGUUCAGGUGGUAAUGCUGCUUCUGCAGCAUAUUCUGAGGCUUAUCGUCUCAUCACGAGGAUAGGUGUUGGGGAUAAGUCAUUUCUUGUUAGAAUUGCAGCUGCUAGAUGUCUGAAGACAUUUGCCAACAUAGGGGGACCUGGUCUGUCAACUGCAGAGCUUGACAAUUCAGCCUCUUAUUGUGUCAAGGCUCUUGAAGAUCCUGUCUCCUCUGUCAGGGAUGCCUUUGCUGAAGCUCUGGGGGCUUUGCUUGCUCUUGGAAUGAAUCCUGAGGCACAGGUGCAAUCAAGAGGAAAACUUAAUUCUACACCAUCAAAGAAACUGGAAGGUGGCUUGCAAAAGCAUUUAACCAUGCCAUUCAUGAAAGCAAGUGGUGCCCACUCAAAGGAUAUUCGUAUUGGACUGACAUUAUCAUGGGUAUCCUUUUUACAGGUCAUUCGACUCAAGUAUCUAUAUCCAGAUACCGAGCUUCAGAGCUUUGCCAUACAGGCUAUGGAAAUGCUUCGAGGUGAUUCUUCUGUGGAUGCACACGCGAUGGCAUGUGCCCUAUAUAUUCUUCGGGUUGGUGUAACUGAUCAGAUGACUGAACCUACUCAACGAACCUUUUUGGUUCUUCUGGGAAAACAGCUUGAAUCUCCUGACAUUAGUCCCUCCAUGGUAGUUGCUGCCCUACGUACCCUAUCAUAUACAUUGAAAACUUUGGGAGAGGUUCCAUUUGAGUUUAAGGAAGUCCUUGAUGACACAGUUGUUGCAGCCUUAUCUCAUUCAUCAAUACUUGUGCGCAUUGAAGCUGCUCUAACAUUGCGUGCAAUAGCAGAGGUUGAUCCAACAUGCGUUGGUGGAUUGAUUUCUUAUGGUGUGACGACAUUAAAUGCUUUAAGGGAAAGUGUUUUGUCUGAGAAGGGAGGGAAUUUUAAAGUUGAACUUGAUUCAUUGCAUGGACAAGCCACAGUUUUAGCAGCUUUAGUGUUCAUAUCACCUAAGCUUCCUCUUGGUUAUCCAGCAAGGUUGCCCAAGUCAGUUCUCGAAGUUUCAAAGAAAAUGCUAAUGCAGUUCAGUCGGAACCCUAUUGCUGCUACUGUUGAAAAAGAAGCUGGUUGGUUGCUUUUGGCAUCACUAAUAUCCUCCAUGCCGAAGGAGGAUCUUGAAGACCAGGUUUUUGACAUCCUUUCCCUGUGGGCUGACCUUUUUAACGGAAAUCAAGAUUAUCAAAAUAAGCAAGCUGAUGAUCUGACAUCUGAAAUAUGUGUAUGGUCUGCUGCAGUUGAUGCACUCACAGCAUUCAUAAGAUGUUUUAUUUCUACAACCACCAUCAAUAAUGGGGUCUUACUACAGCCAGUGCUAGUAUACCUUAGCAGGGCCUUGUCAUAUGUAUCAUUGCUAGCAGCCAAACAACUGCCAAACAUGAAGCCUUCUAUAGACAUCUUCAUCAUCAAAGUUUUAAUAGCUUAUCAAUCACUUCCUGAUCCAAUGACAUAUAGCGGUGAUCAUUCCCAGAUUAUUCAAAUCUGUACUACCCCUUUUAGGGAUCCUUCUGGCUGUGAGGAAAGCUCGUGUCUGAGGCUACUUUUAGACAAGAGAGACUCAUGGCUGGGUCCUUGGAUCCCUGGGAGGGAUUGGUUUGAAGAUGAACUUCGAGCUUUCCAAGGUGGAAAAGAUGGCCUGUUGCCUUGUGUAUGGGACAGUGAACUUUCUAGUUUUCCACAGCCGGAAACCAUAGGCAAAAUGCUGGUAAAUCAGAUGCUCCUUUGCUUUGGAAUAAUUUUUGCCACUCAGGAUAGUAGUGGGAUGUUGUUACUGCUUGGCAUGAUUGAGCAGUGUCUCAAAACUGGCAAAAAACAAUCCUGGCAUGCGUCCAGUAUCACCAAUGCAUGCGUGGCCUUACUUGCAGGGUUUAAGGCUUUACUUGCUUUAAGACCCCAACCUUUGGGAGUGGAAGUAUUAACUUGUGCACAGGCAAUCUUUCAGAAUAUUCUGGCCGAGGGAGACAUUUGCUCAUCACAACGGAGGGCAUCAUCUGAAGGUCUUGGUCUGUUAGCUCGACUUGGGAAUGAUAUCUUUACAGCUAGAAUGACACGAACACUUCUAGGCGAUCUAGCUGGGGCUGCAGAUUUGAGUUACAGAGGAUCAAUAGCUCUUGCACUUGGCUACAUCCAUCGCAGCGCGGGAGGAAUGGCAUUGUCAACUUUGGUGCCUGCCACUGUGAGCUCAAUCUCUUUAUUGGCUAAAAGUGCAAAUGCUGAAUUACAACUCUGGUCUUUGCAUGGGCUUCUUUUGACUAUUGAAGGUGCUGGCUUGUCAUAUGUGUCUCAUGUUCAAGCAACACUGUUGCUUGGUAUGGAAAUUCUUUUGUCUGAGGAGAAUGGAUGGGUUGAUCUUCAUCAGGGGAUCGGCCGCCUUAUAAAUGCUAUUGUUGCUGUUCUUGGUCCUGAGCUUGCUCCUGGGAGUAUUUUCUUUUCACGUUGCAAGUCUGUUGUUGCAGAGAUAAGCUCUGGGCAAGAAACAUCAACACUUCUUGAGAGUGUGCGAUUCAUGCAACAACUUGUUCUUUUCGCCCCACAAGCUGUGUCUGUGCACUCCCAUGUGCAAACCCUACUCCCAACACUGUCCUCCAGACAGCCAACUCUUAGACAUCUAGCUGUUUCCACACUUCGACAUCUUAUUGAAAAGGAUCCGGAUGCAAUUGUUGAUGAGAAAAUAGAAGAGAACUUGUUCCAUAUGCUUGAUGAGGAAACUGAUCCUGAGAUUGUGAAUUUGGUAUGUGCUACUAUUACUCGAUUGCUUUACACAUCCUGCCCCUCAUGUCCAUCACGUUGGAUAUCAAUAUGCCGUAACAUUGUUCUUGCAAUGUCAGCAGGACAAAAUGGUCCUAGGAAAUUGGAACAUGAUACUCUAAAUGGUCCAGAUGGUGAUGCAAGUUUAUAUUACGUAGAUGAUGAAGAAAACAUGGUUCAUAGCUCUACUGACAGGCAGAUACAAGGUUCCACCAGUGAUUCUUCCCAUGUUCCUAAAAGAGAGAAGCAUCUCAGAUAUCGGACUAGAGUCUUUGCUGCAGAGUGUUUAAGCCACUUACCUGGAGCUGUUGGAAGGGAACCUGCUCAUUUUGACUUAUCUUUGGCAAGAAGACAGUCUACUAUUGAACAAUCUUCUGGUGAUUGGCUAGUUUUGCACAUACAAGAGCUAGUUGCACUUGCAUAUCAGAUAAGUACGAUUCAGUUCGAAAACAUGCAGCCAAUUGGUGUGAGACUUCUUAGUACCAUUAUGGACAAGUUUCUAACGGUACCAGACCCAGAGCUUCCUGGACACCUUCUAUUGGAACAGUAUCAGGCCCAACUUGUUUCUGCGGUCCGUACUGCCCUAGACACAUCCUCUGGACCUCUACUUUUGGAGGCGGGACUCGAGCUAGCUACAAAGGUUCUAACAAGCAGCAUUACUAGUGGGGAUCAAGUUGCAGUUAAACGUAUAUUCUCAUUGAUUUCACAUCCAUUGAAUGACUUCAAGGACCUGUACUAUCCAUCAUUUGCAGAAUGGGUUGCAUGCAAGAUCAAAAUAAGACUUCUAGCUGCACAUGCCUCUGUCAAAUGUUAUACAUAUUCAUUCUUGAGGAGACCAAACAGCAUAGUUCCAAAUGAGUAUCAACCAUUGAUUCCACUGUUUUCAAAAAGUUCCAGCAUUCUGGGGGAUUACUGGAUACGGACUCUGAAGGAUUACAGUUGUAUUUCUUUCCACUUCCAAUCUAAGACUAAUUGUGAACCAUUCCUGGAUGGAAUUCAAUCGCUGCUGGUUUCAUCGAAGCUGCAGUCAUGUCUAGAAGAAGCCUGGCCAGUAAUUCUUCAAGCAAUUACACUUGAUGCAGUUCCUGCAAAAUCAGGAAUGGGUGGAUCUCCCAAAGCAACUGGUGAGGAUUUUUCAGGGAGUUGUAUAUCUGGAUAUAGUAUGGUUGAACUGGGACCCAAAGAAUUUCAGUUCCUUUGGGGGUUUGCACUACUUGUUCUUUUUCAAGGGCAUAAUCCAGUCAAAUUCAAACAAGCAAUACCACUCAAUCUUGGUAAUGCUAAAUCUGCCGGAGAUUCACCAACUGAAGAGGCCAACCUCCCGGGUUUGAAGUUAUAUGAUGCUGUUCUUCAAGUAUUUCAAUUUCUCUCAACAAAAAGCUUUUUUAGAGCAGGAUAUCUUACUGUUGAUAUAUGCAAAGAAUUGCUGCAGGUGCUCUCAUAUUCUAUUCACAUGGAGGAUUCAUGGGACAGUCUUGUGAUAUCUAUAUUAUCGCAGUUAGUGCAGUUUUGUCCUGAAGAUUACUUUGAAACUGAUACUUUUGCAUUCCUGGCAAUGGAGCUCUGUGUAUCCUAUCUAUAUAAAACAUUUCAGAGAAACAAUGCAGCUUCAGUAGAAGAUCCAAUAUGUAAAGAUUUAGUUUCUGAAUUAUUUAUUAUAGCUGAGACACUAGUAAGGCGAUUUGAACUUAAGAACAAAUUGAAAUCAAUGCUGGGAUUUGAGUUAACUAGUUACAAUUGUCUUAGAGGAGCUUCAACUGAAGCUUGCUUUUCAAAAGUUAAUGACUUCAUCCAAAGUACCGGUUCAUUAUUCAAGAAAUAUGUUGAAGACGGAGUGAAACAUUGUGAUGAUAUUAUCAGCCACUUGAGAACAAUUCUUGGAAUAUGGUACAACUCAAUCAUUGGCUUAACCAGGGACUGCAUCAGGGGCAUACAUUUGCUAGAGAAUAAGAGAUCUGGCACAUGCAAACUGUUGCAAACGAAGCUUGCAUUUUGCUUUGAACAAACAUUUUCACUUGCCAAACUGGUUCAUGAAAUUGAAGAUCUUGUAGACAAAAAGGAUAAUGACAUGUUUUUGACUAUAUACAAGCAUUGUACCAAGUGCAUCCAAAGUAUCAUUACCAACUCUGAUAUACAAGUUCAGGUGGUUGGAUUGCAAGCUCUGAAAAACAUUGCCCAGAGAGAACUUGGCCAAGUGUCAGACACUAAAAAGACUUCCUUUCUCAUGUUCUUCACAGGAGAAGUGUUUUCUGAUAUCUUUACCCUAAUCCAGAAGAUAUUGAAGAAACCCAUAAGCAGGGAAUCAGUGGUUAUCACUGCUGAAUGCUUGAGAUUGUUAGCCCUCCUGCAGACACUGUCAAAGACAAAUGAAUGUCAAAAAUGUCUUAUGAGUCUACUUAUGGAAGCUAUAGUCAUGGUUCUUUCUGUUACAACUAAUGAUCAUUCACAGGAACUCAUUGAAAUAAGAAACAAUACAAUGAAGCUUGUUUCUCAUCUUGCUCAAAUCCCUUCAUCAGCAAUUCACUUCAAGGAUGUUCUGUUGGCAAUGCCCAUGGAACGUAGGCAGCAACUUCAGGACAUUAUUCGCGCUUCCGUUACAGAGGAUCAGAAUGCAUCACAGACAAAACCCACAACUUCACCACCAAUCAUAAAGUUACCACUAAAGACAGAGCAAGGUAUAGAUAAAUGCUCCCAAGCUUUUUCUUUAGCAUCUUUUACAACACGAUCAGACAAGGACAACAUGGAGGAAGAAGAUGAUUGGGAUUCUUUCCAGUCUUUUCCUACUGCUACUGAGUCUUCUGCUAAUUCCAAAGGUGAUGGCACUGUAGAAGUGCCUACAUUAGUUGACAAUUCUUCUACUUUAGAUUGUAAUUUUGACGCAAAAAAUGAUCUUCAAGAGCAUUCCAGUUUUCGUUCAGUAGAGGAUGUGAAAGAGAUCACCACUGAGGGUGUGGAUUCUAGUGAAGAUGAAAAUGGUCCUGUAGAACCAUGCAGCAGUCACCAUCAGGAGGUAAUAGAAGAGUAGCAAGAAGCAAAAAUGAAAAUAUCCUGGUGUUAUCUGAUCUUCAACCUGUCAAAAAUGAGUGUAGUAAUCAAGAGAAAUCUAGUUCCAGGAAGGAUGAUGAUAACCAUCACCAAGAGAAGGGUUCUAGUCCAGAAGCUGCAACAAAGCAAAAUGAGGGAAUGAAGGUAGUGAUCAAGAACCAGUCAAAAAGCAUAGUAUUUAAUUAUAAAUUACCAAAACCAGGAAAUGUUUGUUUUUACUGGACAUUGUUAUUACCCUGGGCACCUAAGAAAACAUUCCUCAUCACACUUGAAGGAAAGGAGAAAGGUUAUGCGAUCUCUUGACAUGCCUUCUUUCUGGAGGGAGUCUCAACCAAAUAUAUUCAACUAAGAUGCAGCAGUUAAUUUGGUAAUGACGGUAUUUGUAAAAAUUCAGAUCUUUUGGUGCCGUAUUCUUUCUUGUGAACGGAAGUAUAUUGGAUUAUGGGCCUUGGUUUCUGUUUUCCAUCCAAUGCCUUUUAAAAAAGGACUGAGCUAAUUCGCAUGAAGAGCUGAUGGCCGAUUAGUCUCUCUUGACCAUUAAAAGUACAGAUUUAACUUGCCUGAAGGUUGCAAUUUUUGAGAUCGAAUCCAUCAACUUGAACAUAUCGAAAAGAUAGAAUGAAUCUGCAAACUCGAGGAGAAAUCGGGAAUUCAGAGUCAAUUUUUUACAUUAAUUCUCUAAAUGUUUGUUGUAUUUUUAUUGUUUUACUCUGUCUCUGUUAUUUGAUAAUUUUUAGAGACACGACUCUACGUGUGAAGUUGAUUAA